GUGGCGACAGACAAAGUAGCCGGCAAGCUGAGUUCAACUCUUUCAUGGGUGAAGAACUCAGUGUCGCACACGGUCAGUCAGAUGGCUAGCCAGGUGGCCACGCCCUCCUCGCUGCACACCACAGCGGGCUCGUCCACCGCCUCACUGACCUCGCCUGGCCUAUCGCCCUCCACUCCCUCCCCUGCGCAGCUCAGCCCGGACGAUGUGGAGCUUCUGGCCAAGCUAGAGGAGCAGAACAGGUUAUUGGAGACGGACAGUAAGUCUCUGCGUUCAGUCAACGGCUCUCGGCGGAACAGUGGCUCUUCUCUGGUGUCCAGCUCCUCGGCCUCCUCCAACCUUUCGCACCUGGAGGAGGACACUUGGAUAUUAUGGGGGCGAAUCGUCAAUGAGUGGGAGGAUGUGCGCAAGAAGAAGGAGAAGCAGCUGAAGGAAUUGGUAAGGAAGGGCAUCCCGCAUCACUUCCGGGCAAUAGUAUGGCAGCUGCUAUGCAGCGCCCAGAAUCUGCCCAUAAAGGACCAGUACUCAGAGCUGCUGAAGAUGACGUCCCCCUGCGAGAAGCUGAUUCGGAGAGACAUCGCCCGGACAUACCCUGAGCAUGAGUUCUUCAAGGAAAAGGACAGCUUGGGUCAAGAAGUUCUGUUCAAUGUCAUGAAGGCUUACUCCCUGGUGGACAGGGAAGUCGGCUACUGCCAGGGGAGCGCUUUCAUCGUGGGUCUGCUGCUCAUGCAGAUGCCAGAAGAGGAGGCGUUCUGUGUGUUUGUGAAGCUGAUGCAGGAGUACCGCCUGAGAGAACUGUUCAAACCCAGCAUGGCUGAGCUGGGCCUCUGCAUGUACCAGUUUGAAUGUAUGAUCCAGGAGCAGCUGCCUGAGCUGCACAUGCAUUUCCAGGCUCAGAGUUUCCACACCUCCAUGUAUGCCUCAUCGUGGUUUCUCACCAUCUUUCUCACCUCCUUUCCGUUGCCUGUUGCUACACGAAUCUUCGACAUCUUCAUGUGUGAGGGUUUGGAGAUAGUUUUCCGCGUAGGCCUGGCCAUCCUUCAGAUGAAUCAGGCAGAGCUCAUCCAGUUGGACAUGGAGGGCAUGUUACAGUACUUUCAGAAGGUCAUUCCUCACCAGCUGGACAGUGGACCAGACAAAGUUAUCCAAGUUGCUUACCAAGUCAAGUACAAUGCCAAGAAGAUGAAAAAGUUGGAGAAAGAAUACACUACUAUAAAAACCAAGGAGAUGGAGGAGCAGGUGGAAAUAAAGAGACUUCGCACAGAGAACAGGCUGCUGAAGCAGAGAAUAGACACCUUGGAGAAAGAAAGUGCUUCCUUGGCAGAUAGAUUGAUCCAGGGCCAGGUGACGCGAGCGCAGGAGGCAGAGGAGAAUUACCUGGUCAAGCGGGAGCUGGCCACGGUCAAACAGCAGAGUGAGGAGGCCAGUGCGCAACUGGAACAGGCCCAAAGCACCAUCAGACAGCUCCAGCAGCAGCAGCAACAGCCUGCGAAGGGAAACCCUCGCUACUCUGAGGAGUUCAUUCUGCAGUUGGAGAGGGAGCUGGUCCAGGCCAGGCUGAAGGAGGCAGAGUCUCAGUGUGCUCUCAAAGAGAUGCAAGACAAAAUCCUUGAUAUGGAGAAGAGGAACACGUCUUUGCCAGAUGAGAGUAAUGUGGUCCGCCUGCAGGAGGAGCUGAUUGGUGUAAAGUUGAGGGAAGCAGAGGCUCUGACAGGCCUUAAGGAGCUGAGACAACAGGUCAGGAACCUGGAGGAGCACUGGCAGAGGCACUUGGCUCGUACAGCUGGCCGCUGGAAAGACAGUCCUCGGAAAAAUGCAGCCAGCGAACUGCAGGAUGAGCUGAUGAGUGUGAGACUGAGAGAGGCAGAAGCACAGGCUGAACUCAGAGAGACCAGACAGAGGAUGCUAGAACUAGAGACACAGAACCAGAUCCAUAGUAACCAGCUGCGUCGGGCAGAGCAGGAGGCACGCAGCCUGCAGGAGCGUGUGCAGAUCCUAACUAGCCAGAAUAAGGUGCUGCAUGCAGAGAUGAAGGAGAUGAAGCGCAAACAGGCCGAGAUUGAGUGCAAGAAUAAAGAAGAGGUGAUGGCAGUGCGAUUGAGAGAGGCUGAUAAUAUGGCUGCAAUGGCUGAGCUUCAGCAGCAGAUCUCUGAACUUGAGAUUCAGAAAGAAGAAGGGAGAGUUCAGGGGCAGCUGAACAACACAGACUCCAGCCAGUACAUCCGUGACCUCAAAGACCAGAUAGCAGAGCUCGAGCAUGAGAUUCGCUGUUUAAAAGGACAGAGGGGCUUACCCAACCAGACCAAUUUUGACGGGAUCCACAUCGUCAACCACUAUGGGGCAGACGAUGAGUCUUGCCAGUCUUCAGAUGAAGAAGGAAUGAAGCUCCUGUCCCACCUAAGUGCUCGUCCAGGAACGGGACGCAUCACACUCCACCCCCAGCUGGAGGACUCGGACAGCGAGGGGGACGAGGACGGAGAGGGUCUGAGGCUAACGGUGCCCUCUAACAGCAGCCAUAAGACCACCACUGUGUGACCACCAACACUACCGUUAACAGACUGACCCUUGAAGUCCGGGAAAGGGACGUUACCUGAGAGCUUAUCUUUAUAUCCAGGUCCAAAACUGCCAUCAGCUCAUUUACAGCACUUAACUAAUGAAAUCCUGAGUCAUCUUCACAAACCAUGAACUGGGAUUUUGUUCACAUCUGCCUUAUCCAUUUUGUUUUUGCCAAAAUGAGUCAGAUGUUUUUGUUGGAACUUGCUGUAGGAUUCUGGUUGGGGGUUGGUGUGGCCUCCUUCAGGGCCUUUGAGACCAUACUGGACUGGAGCGAAUACUGAAAGGCCUGGAUAUCUGAGGGUGCUUAGUUUAUUUUGAGCUUCAGAGAAGAAGCAACUUGUAUGAUUGUGUUUUAUGCAUUACGAUGAAACUUCGUUCUACUAGGUUUUAUGUUUUAAUCGUGUUUUUUUUUUUUUUUAACAAACCAUUAAAACCCCAUGGAGUGCGUUCGUGGGUGUCCAUCACUUUGAGGGAAAUAUAUUUAAGAUUAAGGAACACUAUCCUGUAGAUGAACGUUGUAUAGAGUCUCAAAUAAAAGUGGAGUGUCAUAUCAGUCACCACAAGGAGCAAAGCAUUUUCAGACCAUGGCAUGCAGCACCUCUGUUGACUUGUGAAGGAUCCCACAUCCAUGUAUAUAUGUACAUGUGUACUUUUUGUUUUUUUUUUCAUCUCCAUUAUGACUUGAAAUGUAUCUAAUGUAUUUCAUAUCCUCAGUGUACAGUGUACAAUUCAGUUGAAAGGGACAUGAUCGCCAUUUUUGGGAGACGUUUUGUUGCUACGCAGUGCACAGCCCUGGUUCUUCUCUGUACUGUAACCAGCUCAUGGUUUCCAACAGUGGAUUUUACUGUCAGAGUAUCACAGACUUUUCUUCUGUUGCCUGGUUUGCUUUAUCACAAUGUUUUCAAGCAUGAUUGAAAAGAGCAUGUUUUCAAAUUUUACAGGAGUAUCUUAAACUGGGGCGUCCUCCAUCUUGCUGUAAUUCUUCUGUUCUUUAUCUUCCCCACGAGCAAGUGCUCAAAACUCACCACGAAACACAAAUACAAACCAACUGAGAGACUCCGUCAACCAUUAAUAAGAGUAUUUCUUUAUUUCUCAUGUUCAACACGUUUGUUGCAUAUUUGCACAGAACAUACAGAGUUCCAAAAGUAUUUGGACCAUUUUUGUUUGCUUUAUAUAUGGGCUCUACUUGAGCAAUGGUGGUUAAUGAGCAGACUGACAGCAUGUUCUGUAUGUACACUCCCGUUUCAGGUCACCAAAAGUGUUUGGACAAAAUCGUUCAGAAUGAUAUUUAAUGUUUUCUUCUACACUGGCCUGCUGCGUUGGCUUAGCAGUGAGAUGAUAUCUGUAAAUUUACGAGUGGAUUCAAAGGGCAAGAACGCUGCAUCUGCCAGGUUUCAGAAAUGAGAUGAUGUGUGCCAAGUGGGUGGUUCUUUCUUUCUCCAUCAAUCAGAGAGAUUCAUCUUUGUCUAAUCAGUUUGUCAGUGAGCUGUCUUAGAGAUUUUCUCUUGAGCAAACUGCCACCAGGCCUUCCUGCUCUUGCGUGAUUUGCCCAAUGCUUUUAAUAGUAGUUUGUGCCGUCCGAGGUUCUGCGAGCGGGAUUUCCUGCAAGUGGUGGCUUUUGACACGUCUUCCUCCACCAGCGGUUUCUUUUUAGUGGUGGAAUAAACAGUUAUUUUGGCUUGACUUAUUUAAAUAAUUCUUUAAGCUUAAUAAAGGCUUGCUUUGGUGUUAAUGACACCUAACCCCAUUUGUGGCUACGUACCAACAGUUAAUUAAAAAAAAAAAAAAAAAAAAAACCCUAACCAUGCUGCGAAGGCUGAACAUCCUGCACAAGCAAGAAAGCCGAAGAACCCGCUUACAGCACAUCUGUGUUAAAAAAAAAAAAGUUAAAAAAAGACUCCAGUUUGUCCAGAUACUUUUGGCGCCCCAGAAC